AUGUCGACAGUAACCAAAGUUUCUAAUAUUCACGGCGUCUCAGUCGAAUAUAAUCAACCUCUGGGUUUAUUCAUUAAUAAUGAAUUCGUAAAGUCCUCAGACCAAGAGAAGAUUAAAACUUUUAAUCCAAGUAAUGGUGAAUACAUUGUUUCAUUCUAUGCAGCUUCUGAGAAAGAUACAAAUCUUGCAAUUGAUGUUGCAGAGAGAGCAUAUUGUAGCAGCUGGUCAAAUACGACACCAAAUGAACGUUCUGAGCUCUUGGACAAGUUGUAUCAUUUGACAAAGAAGAAUCGAGAACUUCUAGGUACAAUUGAAACAUUAGAUACUGGCAAACCUUUUCAUUCUAAUAGCUUAAAUGACAUUGAUCAAAUUUUAGAAGUAAUUAGAUAUUAUUCAGGAAGUUGUGAUAAAUUAACUACAGGUGAAACGUUUAUUACUGAAAAUAAUUACCAUCGUUAUACUGUUAAACAACCAUAUGGCGUAGUUGGUUUAAUAGUACCAUGGAAUUAUCCUUUGGCAAUGGCAGCCUGGAAACUGUUUGGAUGUCUAGCUGCAGGGAAUACAGUUGUAAUUAAACCAUCAGAACACACCUCACUGUCAUUGCUAUACUAUGGCAAGUUACUUGUAGAGGCAGGAUUACCUCCUGGUGUUGUAAAUAUAAUACCUGGAUAUGGUGAAAUUACUGGGAGAGCUAUAGCUAUGAGUGAUAAACUUCAAAAACUAUCAUUUACUGGCAGCACAAGAGUUGGUAAGUUAAUGAUGGAAAUGUCAGGCCAGAGCAAUAUGAAAGAUGUCACCUUGGAGUGUGGAGGGAAAUCACCAGCUGUAGUCUUCCGGGAUGCUAAUCUAGAUAACGCUGCCUCCUGGAUAGCAACUGGGAUAUGUUACAACAGUGGCCAAAAUUGUACUGCGACAUCAAGAGUUUAUGCUGAUAAAAAUAUCUAUAACGAGUUGAUAAGCAAGAUUGUAGAAGAGAUCAAACAGAAUUGGAAAAUAAGUUCUACAUUUGACCCAUUCGAUGACGAUGGGACUCUGGGUCCAAUCAUAAAUAAUACCCAAUAUGACAGAGUCACAGAUUUUAUUCAUGUAGGUUCUCACAUAGAGAAAUUGAACCGUAUUGAUAUUUUUAAAGAACUUGGAGAAUGCAAGGGCAACUAUAUCAACCCUGUCAUAUUCACAGAUGUUCCACAAACUUCAGUUCUGAUUCAAAAUGAGAUAUUUGGUCCUGUCUUGACGAUAUCUAAGUUUACUACAUAUGACGAAGUGGUAAAACUAGUUAAUGACAGUAGAUAUGGUUUGGCAGCAGCAGCAUUCACCGAGGACUAUCGGUUAGCCCAUCAAUUCACUAAGGAAGUUGAAGCUGGGACAGUGUGGAUCAAUAGUUCUAAUGAUGAGUGUAUUGGGAUGCCAUUUGGAGGAUUUAAGAUGAGCGGGAUUGGAAGAGAACUGGGGGCAACCGGUGUUGAAUCAUAUUUACAAACUAAAUCUGUCCAUUUCAACCUUCGUUGA